AUCGCCAACACCAAGGUCAACGCCCAUGACUGAUAUUCAGACAGCCGAGGAGAAAGAACUAAUCGCCAAGUGGAAUGCGGGCGACUAUACUGCCGAAGGCUGGGUUAAUAAUACGGAUGGUCUGACAGAAGAAGCGCUUAACGGCCUGGCGGAGUACAAUACCAACAAAUACUUUAACUCGGACAACCUCGACGAGGAGAGUCUUCUUAAAGUCUCCGACGUUGACACCCUUGCUCUGUUCGAGAGCUUCGCUGCCACCGCCGCCUCCAAUGCAGCUAUGUCCGUUACAACAGGAAGAGUCAAUAAUGUCCCCGCCGUCAUCGCCGAGGUGUUCAAUAGGUUCGCACCGGGAUUCGGUCGCUUCCGGGCCGUCUUUGAACGUCAGGGAUCUGCGGGAAACGCUCGCAUUAAUGGCCAGGUGAGAUGGGAGACUGGCGGUGCCGUGUCGACUGCACUCGGUCUCGCGGUCCUUCAAAACGACCUUCCAGCCAAACCUCAGGUCGUGCUCAGCGCGACAACAUCGGGCGUGCCGCCAUCGCCCAGGCUGCAAUUUACUGGUCCUUCCGGAAAUCUCACGUUCAAGACGACGUUCAGGGGCAGUGGGCGCUACAUGGCCUAGUACGAUCUUUCCCUCUGAAUUGCCCACGUUCCAAGGUCUGGCUGCUUCACAAGUAGUAGUCGGGUCGCCGAUGAUAUAUUGUUUUUAC